CGGGGAUCCGGUGGCUGCGGCGGCGGCGGCGGGAUCGGGGUCGCGGUCGCGGUCGGGACGGCGGCGGCCGAGGGCAGAGCCGCAGCGAGUCCGGAGGCGGAGACCCCGCGGGCCACGACCCGCUCCAGGUGACCCCCUCGGAGGGAGCGCCCGCCCCGCCCCUCUGCGUCCCAUCAGGGCUCCAGGCCUCCCCCCGCAGGAGGCUUCCCCCCAGGAUGGCGUCCGCUGGAGACCCCACCACCAGCCCACGCGACGCAGCGGACCAGAACUUCGACUACAUGUUCAAGCUCCUGCUCAUUGGCAACAGCAGCGUGGGCAAGACGUCCUUCCUGUUCCGCUACGCAGACGACUCCUUCACGCCCGCCUUCGUCAGCACCGUGGGCAUCGACUUCAAGGUCAAGACCGUCUACCGCCACGACAAGAGGAUCAAGCUGCAGAUAUGGGACACGGCGGGACAGGAACGCUACCGAACCAUCACCACGGCCUACUACCGGGGAGCCAUGGGCUUCCUGCUCAUGUACGACGUCGCCAACCAGGAGUCCUUUGCCGCCGUGCAGGACUGGGCCACCCAGAUCAAGACCUACUCCUGGGACAACGCGCAGGUCAUCCUCGUGGGGAACAAGUGUGACCUGGAGGAUGAGCGCGUGGUGCUCGAGGAGGACGGCCGGAGGCUCGCCGAUGACCUCGGUUUCGAGUUCUUCGAGGCCAGUGCCAAGGAGAACAUCAACGUGAAGCAGGUCUUCGAGCGCCUGGUGGAUGUCAUCUGUGAGAAGAUGAACGAGUCCCUGGACCCCAGCUCCAGCCCGGGCAGCAACGGCAAAGGCCCCACCCUGGGGGAUGCCCCACCUCCCCAGCCCAGCAGCUGUAGCUGCUAGAGAUGGUACCCCGUCCCCACCCACCCCUUCCUGCCUUGGCAGGCAGUGUGACUGAGGCAUGAGCCACAAGGGCUGUUUCCAGGCUCAGGGCGCCCCCUUCCCCCCGUCAGCUGUCUGCUGCCCCUCACUGCCCGCAUGGCUCGUUUUCUCACCGCCGCCGCCAGUUGCCCACACAGCUCCCCGAGGGAGCUCCUGACCCUGGGGACGGCGUUAGAGGCGGGUCUGGGGGUGCUGACCUGCACACGCUCGCUGCUUCCCAGGCGCAUUCGUGGGGGCGCCUGGCAGCCUGUGGGGCUUCCACAGUGCCUUCUGGGUUCGAGCCACGUUCUGGGUUCGAGCCGUUGUCCACGUCCGUUCCGUGCCGGGCAUUGGUCGUCUGGAGCUCACGAGCUGGCUGAAGGGGGUUAGCCUUCCUCCUCACGCCCUGCAGGCUCUCCGAGCUCAUCUCGGGAAGCGGGAAGCGGAAGGGGGCUCCUUGCUCAGGGUCCCCGCUCCCAUCCCGAGCCUGCCCGUCCCUCUCUGAUCUCAAGGCUCCAGGGUGGGGCGGUGACGCUGGCCCUGGCAGACCCCUCCCUUCUGGCCUGCAGAUCCUCUGUCUGCAAACAGUAUUAAAGCAGCUUCACCCGUUGUGAAGGGAUAAGGGGGGACAGAACGCCCCCCCCCCGGGCUUUGGGGACCCCGAAGUGCCUUCUGAGUUUCCCCAGAAUUCCACGACCCUGCCACUGUGUUGGCUGAUCCCUGGUGCCCCUGAUCCAGGGUUGAAUUCUGGAAUUACGCACCGUGAGGCCAGGCAGAGAAUCGCCAGCCCCCUCGCCUUCCUGUUUGGGGCUUUUUUUUUGCCAGGAGUUCACCUCAGACCCAGGAGCCCCCGCCCUCCCGCCCCAACCUGCCUCCCUGGGCCCACGGGGUGAAGUUUUAAGCAAGGUCUUUCCACAUCGCACAUCCUGCUUGCGGAGGAAAUGGAGCAACGUCCCCGUAGCCCGCCCUCCCGGCGGCUCUGCCCUAAGGAUGUGGGCUCCUUCCCCGUGGGCACCGGGGAGGCAGUGUCUGCUUCCUGAGCCAUGCCGUCCG